CUCCUUUGCUCUUUAACUUUGUGCCCCACAGCGUGCAGUGUGCUCUCUGUGCUGCUGUUAUCUAACAGCGGGGAGACAUUAAAGGGUCAUGCCAGUCACUGUCGUGUUGGACGGUCCGGCCCCCUGGGGGUUUCGCCUGACGGGAGGGAAGGACUUCAACCAGCCUCUGACCAUCUCCAGGAUCACUCCCGGCAGUAAGGCAGCCAUAGCCAACUUGUGCGCCGGUGAUGUCAUCGUGGCCAUCGAGGGAGUCCCGGCCGCAGACAUGCUGCACUGUGAAGCCCAGAACAAGAUCAAAGAGUCGACCAGCCAGCUCAGUCUCACUGUUGAAAGAAAUGAAUCAAGACUGUGGUCACCACGCGUCGUGGAGGAUGGUAAAAGUCACCCAUACAAACUGAACCUGGAAGCAGAACAGCAGGAAUAUAAACCAAUUGGCACAGCUCACAACCGGAAAGCUCAGCCGUUCAUUGCGGCAGCAAACAUCGAUGACACCCAUCAGGUGGUCAGUGCGGCCUACAACACUCCCAUAGGCCUCUACUCCACAGGCAACAUCCAGGACGCCAUGGAAGGCCAGAUCCGAGGUCUGGUUUUACCCAAGCCUGUGAGUCCCAGGACUUUGACCAGCAUCGAGGAUUCUGACGUGUACCAGAUGUUACAGAAAGACCAGGAGGAGCCCCAGGAGCCUCGGCAGUCUGGCUCGUUCAAAGCCCUGCAGGAAUUUAUUGACAGUGAUGGCACUCGUCCCAUUGUGACCAGGACAGUGAAAGCCCCCACAACCAAACCAACUGCGCCCACAGGAAACCUGCAGAAACUGCCCGUCUGUGACAAGUGUGGGAAUGGGAUUGUCGGGACAGUGGUGAAGGCACGAGACAAAUACCGUCACCCUGGUUGCUUUGUGUGCUCCGACUGUGACGUCAACCUCAAACAGAAGGGCUAUUUCUUUGUGGAGGGGCAGCUGUACUGUGAGACUCACGCUCGUGCUAGAAUGAGACCACCAGAGGGACACGACCUGAUCACGACUUUCCCUUCUGCAUAGAUUCACAACAAACACUCAGACACACAUACAGACAGACCCUCCUACGGCCUACAUCUGUUUAUGUGAUAAUCUGCACCUGUUUAUCUGAUGUUGUCUGUGUGCAGUAAUAUUUCAAUUACAUUACACUUUUCUCUCUGAAUGUAAUAGUAUGAUGUCUUCUCUGUGUAGGAACUUUUUACAGGUGAUAUUUGAACAGCCUGGUUGUUUAAAGAGCAGUGCAGUGACUACAAAACACACUUGUCAAAUGCAUCAUGUCAGUUUCUUGAUCAAUAAAGAUCUCUGCUCAUAAUGUAA